UCAUGAACAACUGUUUUUAUUAGGUUGUAUUUAGAAGUUUGAUAAGGAAACCAUUGAUAUUGAACGCUUAUUUCAAGUUUUCUUUCAAAACUUAAUGCCUAUUAUUAAUCUAGUUAACUACCAUUGAAUAUAGGAGAGUAUAACCAACAAGGAAUCAAUUUAAUUGUGAUGAAGUGUUAGAAAAUCUUACUAGAACAAGAAAGACAUUUACCCUGUACGUUUCAAAAAUGUCAGAAUCGUAUGAUUAUCUGUUCAAAUUCCUCGUUAUUGGUAGCGCUGGAUCUGGCAAAUCAUGUCUACUUCAUCAAUUCAUCGAAAAUAAAUUUAAAAAUGACAGCAGUCACACGAUAGGAGUUGAAUUUGGAUCCAAAAUAAUUAACGUCGCUGGAAAGUCUGUGAAACUUCAAAUAUGGGAUACAGCCGGCCAGGAAAGAUUCAGGUCGGUGACCCGUAGCUACUACCGUGGCGCGGCCGGUGCUUUGCUUGUGUUUGACAUGACCAAUCGCGAGACAUUCAACGCGCUGGCCAACUGGUUGUCGGAUGCGCGCGCACUCGCCAGUCCCAACAUUUGCAUCCUGCUAGUCGGCAACAAGAAGGACCUCGAAGCCGAACGCGAGGUCACCUUCCUAGAGGCCAGCCAGUUUGCGCAGGAGAAUGAACUUAUGUUUCUUGAAACCAGCGCAAAGUCUGGUGAGAAUGUUGAAGAAUCGUUUCUGAAGUGCUCCAAGACUAUAUUGGCCAAGAUUCAAGCAGGUGAGCUAGACCCCGAACGAAUAGGCUCCGGAAUACAGUACGGUGACUCCUCCACGAGGAGACUCCUGCAGGAGAAGAACAGAAGACAACAGGCUGAUUGCAUUUGUAGAAUGUAGCUUAGUGUUUUUCUAUCAUUUGUAACGAUAAGGAUUAAGCAAACUUCCAUACAGGUUAAGAAGUGGCAUUGGAGAGUUAGGAAAAUACGUCAAAAUAUAUAUAUGCUACUAUUCUACUAAUCAAUGCUUAUUAUUUCUAUUUGGAAAUGUUGAAUGUUAGCACAGUUUUAUCAUAAGUGGUUUGUUGGUACCAUGUUAGAGAGAGACAGAUGUCAAGAGACAGUACUUGUCUCUUAUAAUUUCGAUUCGAGGGGUGUCUAGUUGAAUGUUAUUCAUGCUAUAUCACAAGAAACGUGUCUUUCUUCAUUAAUUUUGUACAAUAAGUACAUUAUCAAAAUGAUAGGGAGAGGAAAAAUAAGGUAACCUUGUGCUAUUCCUCUCCCAAAUUUAGAUAACACAUAGUCCGAAAUAGGUUAAGUCUUGUAGUUGUUGUUCACUUGAAAAAAAUUUUCAGUCCUCAAAUAUUUUCACAAAGUGGAUUUUCAAAUUUAGAUGCUUCAAAACCAAACAUAGAAAUAUUCCACAUUAUUAUAACUAAAAUAGGUAAUAUUCACAUGUAAAGGAAUAAUUUUGCAGCACGAAAAAACAAACUUAAUUAUUUUAAAACCACAAAUGUUGAACAGUGUUAUAUUAGUUCAUCAUUCAUACUUUGUGAAAUGUCUGGCUCUAUUGGCUAAGUUCUGGAACAAUUCGAAUGUUCUAUUGUAUUUAAAACUAGCAGACAACUCUUGUCUAGAAGACAAGUCUUGUAGUUCUUCAAUUCACAAAAUUUUCAGUCCUCAAUAUUUUCACAAAGUAGAUUUUCAAAUUUAGAUGCUUCAAAACUAAACAUAGAAGAAAUAUUUCACAUUAUUAUAACUAGAAUAUGAAAUAUUCACAUAUUUAAAAUUUAAUUUUGAAUGUCUCUUUGUUGAGUAUUAUAAUUUUGAGUCGAGGGAUAUCUAGUUUAAUGUUAUUGAUGUGAUCUAUCACGGAAAACAUUGAGUAUUACCAUAGAGAAACAAUAGCGUAAGUAGAUAUCCCAUGGUAUAGGACGUUUAUGUCGCAACUUUUACUGUUUCUCAAGCCGAUAGUCCACGUAGUUCUUUCCCGUGAAGCUGUGUGACGCUCGUAGUCUCUCAUACUGUGCCGUUCAUACACUCUCACCCCAACAGUCAUAUCUCGAAUACGUAUUCUCUGAGUGUUAAUCUUUGGUGAAAACAGAAAUUUUAAACUUAACCUCACUUUGGACUAUUUAUGUGCCAAAAUCAAGGAAUUGAAGAAGUUUUGGACAAUUGCCUGUUUCUCUUUCCAAAUAUCGUGUUUGUGACUGUUAUAAUAAAUAAAUAAAUAAACAAAACAGUAAAAAUCGACAGUAAUCGGCUUGAGAUAACAGUAAAAGUUGCAACAUAAACGCCCUAUACCAUGGGAUAUCUACUUACGUUAUUGUUUCUCUAUAAUAUUACACCAGUUAUUAUGCUACAUAAUUUGUGAUUGUGAAUAAAAUAAAUAAAUAAUGUUCUGUAUCACCAGUGAUAUGUUGAUAUCACCAAACUACAUAAUACUUUCUUUUCUUUUUAGGGCUACUGGAAUUAUUGAAGCACAACCAAAAUUAUCAAGUAACCAUUUUAUUGUAUCAAAAUUACUCUUGAAAGUUGAAAAUAACGUGAAAUAUUUCUUCUAUGUUUGGUUUUGAAGCAUCUAAAUUUAAAAAUCCACUUUGUGAAAACAAUUAGGACUGAAAACUUUGUGAAGUGAACAACUACAAGACUUGACCUAUUUCGGACUAUGUGUAACCUUAUCUGAAAUUAGGAGUGGAAUAACACAAGGUUACCUUAUUUUUUCUCUCCCUAUCAUUUUUAUGAUGUACUUAUUGUAUGAAUCAAUCAAUAAGUUCUGUUUUUAUAAAAUAAGAAAGGUACUUGAUAGAUUUUAUUGUGUUUCAAUAUUUAUAAUACAUGUUGUUGGAUGUUAUUCCGUUGAUAUGAGGAAGUCAACUUGAAUUUUAGUGUUAUUCUCACGAAAAACAUGUUUAAUUGUGUAGUAUUAUUUCUUGAAUAUUAUUAUGUUAGGUAUGCCUUAUAUUAUUGUAUUACAAGUGAUAUACGUUGAUAUGUAAUACUCAAUGCUUCUAUUUGAGGGUGUUAGUUAAUUGUUGGUGUUGUCAUAGUGUUAAUUUGUUAAUUAUUAUUCUGUCUCAGUGGUAAUGUAUGAUUAAGGCCGGUUGCAGAUGAACCACUAUCGCAUGUGGGAUGUGGGAGCUACUAUUUUCCAUCUGUGGUACCACAAACGCAGCGCAUAUGGAAUGCAUUGGCAGGCAUGGCUGUGGCACUGAUACUUCCACAUGGCGUUGCGCGCUGUGGUAGCGAUUAUUUUCCUUGCGAUUGUGGUACCACUGGUUUGAGCACCACGCUUCCCCUAGCUUCUGUACCACAAUCGCACUAAUGAGCGUUUUUUCAAAUGUAGUGUGAAAGACUCUCUGCGUUAGUCAUAUUGUUCUGUGGUAUGUCGGUCCCACAUUCCACAUGCGAUAGUGGUUCGUCUGCAACCGGCCUAAUAUGUUUCAUAUCACAAAUGAUUUGUUUGUAGUACAAUACCUGUUGCAUAUUAUGAUUUUGAUUAGAUCAUGUUUAGUUUAAAAUGUUAGUGUUGUCAUAUCACUAGUGAUAUGUUUAUUUGUUGAGUAUUAAUCGGUGAUAAUAGGCUGUAUUUAUAUCACAAGUGAUAUGAUUUGAAAGAAUAGAAUCAACCGAUUAUUUCCAUUUUCCGUAAAUGACUGUAAUUCUUGAAGCACCAGUCUAUAGUCGAUGAAGCCAAAGAUCCCUAAGUAACGUUGCUUUAGAACCUUGAUAAACAAGACAUUAUCUUCAUUUUAAUACAAAAUAUGUUCUUUAACAAAGUUGGUACGCUACAGUAGAUUGGUUAGUAGUUUUCUAGUUUAGUAUUCAAAUCACGGAAUUUAGUCUGAUUUUUACAUAAAAUUAACGCAAUUUUUUCAGUUUUAAGCCUUGUCCACACUACUGCGAUUUGCAUGACGAAAGUGGCAGAAUUUUUAACCCGAAGUUGAAUGGUUGAAAUAUAUGCCGUUGCCGUAGACGAAUCGCGGUAAUGUGCACAACUCUUAAAUCUCAAAUUUAUUUUUUCUUUAUUCAAAGGCUUACUUCAUGAUUCCAAAAAUUAUUCAGUUUUUUGCAAUACAUAUUAUGAGUAUAAAAUAAAAUUGAUUCCAGUCAAUCUUAAUCUUUUACAAAUUGAUUUUCAUUUUAGUUUCAGUGAUUUUAAAUUAUGUUCAAUUUAUUAUUGUUUUAAAUUAGUCUUUCUUCUCGAAUGUUUCAUAAUGGACCUGUCAUUUUUUUACAUAAUUACUCACCUUAUUUCAGUAUUUUAUUCGCUUAUUUGAAUAAGAUUUUUUUCAAUCUAAAAUCUCAUUUGAUACAAUAUUUAAUAUCUUUUAUCAUCCAUUAAUUAUUUUAUGAAAAUAUAAUUAUAGCACAGUAAAUACGAUCUAACAAAUAAAGCCUGAUUUACAAUCCUUAUUUCAUAAAAUGUCUAAUAGUUUUUGUUUAUCCAAUAAUUGUUACCGGACCUGUACUUGUCUUCUCCACGGUAAUAACCGGGGGGAACUAGUUAUUAUCCAGAUCAGGUAUACCGGAUGAAAUAUUCAAGUUCAUUAUGUACAAAAGCGGGGUGAGCAGCCCCUAUACACUUUCUUUCCAUGUAUACUUUCUUUCAGCUUUCUUUUUAAAUAAAUAAUAAAUUAUUUUAUAAAAAUAUAGUUAUAGCACAAUAAAUACGACUUAUCUAACAGAUAAACCCUGAUUUACAAUCCUAAAAAACUUGACCCAUUUCUCUCAUAUAAAAGUAGCAUAUUAGAAUCUAUUGUAAGAAAUUUCUCUUAUUUUUCUCAAAUUUAGUCAACAAGUAUUUUUAUAAGAUAGGGAACAGUAUUUCUCAGUUGUGACUAAAGUUAUUAAACUUGUAUAGAAAUAUUAAUAUUUUUCAUAGAUAUUUAUCUGUAAAUUCAUCUAUUUUUAGCAUAGUUUAAUUUGGUGGUGAGAAAUAUUUUUGAAGGCAAUUGUUGUAAAUGUAUCAUUCUAUUAUUCAAUGCUGAAACAAUAUUGGAUUUGAUGAGUAAUCCUGAGAAUAUAAUUACUUGAAACUAUUAAUAUAGAUAUUGCUUUCCCUUUGUAUUUUCAGCACAAAUUAGGAAUUAUUCAAGUCUGCUAGAGAGUUAUCGACGUUGCAAUUUUCAUAGUCAAAUUAAAUCUAAUUGCAUAUUUAUUCAUUAGUAGAGUUCUAUAUUUUAGGUUUUUCAUUUAAAUAAUUAGUAUUAUUGAGACAACUAGAUUAUACAGGCAUUCAUUUUUGGCUUUUCUAAAGUUUAGUAGAAUUAAAGUAAUGAGUAAACAAUCGUGCAAAUUACUUUCAGUAUUAAUUCUGUUAAUUUUCAAUUAUGAUUUAGAAAAUAAUUAGAUUCAAAACAAAUCAGUAUUACAGUAUUAAAAGUAAGUAAACUAAACGUUGCAAUAAAUGGAAUCGAGAAUCUCGAAAAACUCUAGUGAAUCCAUCUCAAAUUUCAGUUGGAUUUUGUUUUAUUUUAUAGUGAUGAAAUUAUAAUUAUAUAAUGACAAAUUAAAUCAUUCCUGUUUAAAGAAUCUCUUCUGUGAAUUAAGUAAACUACAGAAUCUCAAAUUGAAUUGGAAGAUAGUUGUUGAAACAAAAUCUCAAAUAGUGUGUAUAUUAGACUAAUAAUAAAAUAAUAUAAAAAUACUUUAAUACCAAUUUUUACAGUCCAAACACUACAAGACCGACACUAUUAGAAAAAAUGUAAUGAAAUACCGGUUUCCAUAACAAUAUUGUGAAAUUAAUCUCGAUGUUCUUAAAUAAUGUGGAAAAUCUUAAUCUUAAUUAUUAAAUUUGUUUGAGAUUGGAUUAUAAUUUUAAAAACUCUCAGUACUGUAAGAUAUUUUUUAGAAGUUAACAAUAUUCAUCAUUAUAACCCCUAUCGUUUAUCAAUUGUUAACCAUAGUUUGUCAAUGAAUGUACUAUUUUCAAUCAGUUAGUUACCUUCCAAGUCUAAUAUAGGUAGUGUUGUAUGUUUAUUAAAUGUGUUUUAGUUUUAAAAGUUUCAAUUUUUGCACAAACAAUCUGUUAAUAUUUCUUAUGAAAACCCAUAUCGCACAAAACUUGAGAAUUGGUGAAACGUUGUUUUUCUUUUACUAACGUUGCCAAAAGUAUUGUCAUUACCAAUUUUGAAAUUGCUUAUGAUGAUAAAUUUGAAGCUUGAUUAGUACCGUUGAUUGUUAUGAUUAAUAGUGUUACGAAUAUUAGGAAUCUCAUGUACUAAUCUCGCUUGAGAUGCACAAUAAUACUGUAUUGUAGAUGCUUUGCAGCAUGUGAUUGGCUUCAGAAGAAAUGUAAUUUUUGAAGUUACAGGGCUUGGAAAUUAUUAUAUUUUUUCAAGUGAGUGAUUUAAUUUUUCAUAUUGAAGCAAAUAACGAUUGAAUAAAAAGAAGAUGAAUUAGAAAUUCUUAUUUUUGUUUUAGUUUCUUAUACAAUUCGAAGUAAAACAGCCCAAGUUUCAAAAGAAUCAAUAUUUAUUCUUGAAUGGACCAAUUGAAAAUAUCAUGACGAAAGUUUGUAGUUGUUGAUAGUAUGAUCAUCAAAAAAUCAUUACAAAAAUCCAAUUUAGAAUCAGUUUGAGCCAUUUGAAUUCAGAAUAUUCACCCUGAUAAAUUGUGGAUUGCUCUUUUAAAUGAAUACAUGAAAAUUAUGUUCAUCAGUUUAUUCAGUAAAUUAGUUCAGCAGUUUAUUUUGUUAAGUAAAUUAUUUUGAAUACCUGUAACUAAAGUUAUUUCAUUGUUCAAUGCUUCUGUUACAUUACGAGGGAAAGUUAAAUUUGAUGUUGUGAUAAUUGAUAUGAAAUUGAAAUUAAUCCUUAAUAUUUGUGUAAAUAUUAGAUAUAGAACUAUAAUUUAUCACUUCUUUUGUUAUAUUACACCUACUUCUGUAUCUAGCUGUUUAAUCUAACAACUAUAGACUUUGUUGCACUAAUGAAAACACUUAUAAACUCUUGUUAUAUUUUUGAAUAUUAUCUUUCAUUAGAUGUUGUUUACCUUAUUUCAACUAUCAAGACUUAUUUAUUGUUGUGAUAUAUUAUAGUAUUAGCAUAAGAAACAUUCCUAAUUUCUUUUCACUAAGAACUUAUUUUGUCAUUCAAUUAAGAUUGGUUUAUGUUUCAACAUUCAAUUAUUGUUAUUAGCUAUUAAAUUCAUAUUUGUGAAA